UAUAACUGGCCGGGACAGCCCCACCUCCUUUCUGCUUUCUCUCCCUUCCCUUCCCUUUCUUUUCCCCAUUUUUUUCCCCUCUUUCUGCUCCCAGCCUGGCCGCCGCUUUGCACCAGGCUGCCCUCCCACCCCUGCCCGACCCCCCCAUGCUGGCAGCGCCCAGCUCUGCCUGCUCCUGCCUUGGGUUUGCUCCACCGGCCACCGAAGCCCAGCGAGCGACGAGCUGCCGGCAUGGGGCCCGCUGAGGAGCUGGUCCGGAUUGCCAAGAAAUUGGAUAAGAUGGUGGCCAGGAAGAGCACGGAAGGGGCGCUGGAUCUGCUCAAGUCCCUCACCAGCUACACCAUGACCAUCCAGCUGCUCCAGACCACGCGGAUCGGGGUGGCCGUCAACUCGGUGCGGAAACACUGCUCGGACGAAGAGGUGGUGGCCUCGGCCAAAAUCCUCAUCAAGAACUGGAAGCGGCUGCUGGAGUCCUCCACCACCUCGAAGAAGGAGAAGGAUGUGGAUGGGAAGAAGGAGAAGGACACUGAUGGGGAGAAGGAAAAGAAGGAGAAGGGUCUGGAUUUUCCCAGCUGCCCCAAUGAAGGGGUGAAGCACCCCAAGAGCCUGGCCGAGAAGCACAGGGAGAAGCACAAGGAGAGAAAGCCCAGCAAGUCUGGUUCUCAUGCCACCACCCCCCGGGGCCACUCUGCCGACUCCAACCCUGAGAGAGAGUCCAGCAACGGCCGGAGCCCUACUGCCUCCUUGAAGAAGUCACAUUCAGAUGGCAAGAAGGAGAGGAGAGACUCUGCUGACUCAAGGACCUCUACCACCUCAGCCGUCUCCUCCUCUUCCUCCCCGCAGAAGAGACUAUCAGGGGACAGGAGACCCUCUGUGGGCACCAGCCCCUCGCCAGCUCCCACUGGCUCCCGGAGAAACUCCAGUGACAGCAAGGAGGAAAGAGCCAACAGCAGCAAGGCCAAACCGGAGACUCCACGGACGCCCACCAGCCCCCACUUCUCACCCAGCCCCUGCUUUCUGGCCCCCUGCUAUCUCACGGGGGAUUCGGUGCGGGACAAGUGCAUUGAGAUGCUGACGGCCGCCCUCCGCAUGGGCGAUGACUACAAGGAGUUCGGUGUCAACUGUGAGAAGAUGGCAUCGGAGAUUGAAGAUCAUAUCUUCCAGGAGCUGAAGAGCACAGACAUGAAGUAUCGCAACCGGGUGCGGAGCAGGAUCAGCAACCUGAAGGACCCCAAGAACCCCAGCCUGCGGAGGAAAGUGCUGUGCGGGGCCAUCCUGCCCAGCCUCAUCGCCCGCAUGACUGCCGAGGAGAUGGCCAGCGAUGAGCUGAAGGAGCUGAGGAACGCCAUGACCCAGGAGGCCAUCCGGGAGCACCAGAUGGCCAAGACGGGUGGCACUGUCACCGACCUCUUCCAGUGUGGCAAGUGCAAGAAGAAGAAUUGCACGUACAACCAGGUGCAGACACGCAGUGCUGAUGAGCCCAUGACGACAUUUGUGCUGUGCAAUGAAUGUGGGAACCGCUGGAAGUUUUGCUGACGGUGCCUGGCGAUGGGGCUGGAGGGGAUGCGGUGCAAGACGGGAUGCUGUGACAGCCACAUCGGGCAGCUGAGGUGGGGAGGGAGGGUGAUGGGGCAGCACCUGGUCCCCACAUCCCCGCUCCUUGUUUCCUUGCACUGGGUUCCCUUGAACAUCCCAGGAAACCGGGCUCUGGCGACAGGCGGGUUUGCUUGGGAAGACCUGGGUGAAUUCGAGUGGUUCCUCCUUGUAAAUACCUGCCCUUUGCUUGGGGGUGCGCUGGGAGCCCACUGGGAACAGACGCGGCUGUGGAAAAGGACACUGGUCUGACCCGGGCAGCUCGCCUUUCCCUGGGGGAAACCUGGACUUGGAUGAUUUGGGGGCACGAGGGACAUUGUCCCAUGGAUGUGGGGCUGUGCCACUGUCCUGGUGGUGGGAAAGAGCCAGGUUUUACCCCCAAAUACCUUCUUCUCCACCUAAGUGCAGCAGUGGGAGGACAUGGAGGGAUGCAGGGUGGUUGUAGGGUGUCUGGAUGCUGGAGGGAUGCCACCAUGUCCCUCUGCUCUGCGACACAUGGACCUCUCUCGAAGGAACUGUGUCCCCAGGAAAGGAGAAGGGAUGGGGGGGCAGAGGAGUGGGGGAAAAAUCUCCAGCUAGAGCAAUAAAGAUGUGAACUGUC